UUCGCCCUCCCAAAAGCAUAAUCGGCAGCAAACAGACACCUCCCUCUCCCGCUUACUCACACAGUUCCAUAGCCUCUCUCGCCUUUGCCUCAAGCCCUAACUCUCCUCCAACAUGAAGCUCGUCAGGUUUUUGAUGAAGUUGAACAAUGAAACGGUGUCAAUUGAGCUCAAGAAUGGAACCGUUGUUCACGGCACCAUUACAGGUGUGGAUGUCAGUAUGAACACCCAUCUGAAAACAGUGAAACUUACACUGAAGGGGAAAAAUCCAAUCAGUUUAGAUCACCUUAGUGUGAGGGGUAACAACAUUCGCUACUAUAUUCUACCUGACAGCUUAAAUCUUGAGACAUUGCUGGUUGAAGAGACACCUAGGGUGAAACCCAAGAAACCAACAGCUGGAAAGCCUUUGGGACGCGGGCGGGGUCGUGGGCGUGGACGGGGACGUGGUCGAGGCCGUUAACUCUGUUCCCUUGCUUUGUUCUAGGGGCGAUUUUACAAAUAUUAAGGGAAUUGUAUGGCAUUUAACUGUCGUGUAUGAUUAUUGACCUGGGUUUGGAUGGUUUAAUCAUGAAUCCCAAGAUUCCAAAUGUCUCAUGCUAUAGGUGAGCAGGUAGUCUAUUUCUUUUCCCAUCUGUUGCUUUUAGAACGAGAGACAGUAAAAAAUAGGAAACAAUCUUGCAAUCUGGGACUGUGAGAUGCAUGUCAUGUUAAUGUUGAAUGUUGGGCCUGGUACUUGAAAGAUGAUUGAUGUUGAACGA